UACAACUCCAAAUAUUGCUUGCAACCACAUUUUGCUCUCUGCUCGGCUCUUUGCAAUCUCACCUUAAUUAUCUUAAUUGCCUGCUACCUGAUCGAAUUGCUUUGUUGUUUGCCAAAAAGCCAUUCUUUUACUUCCCUUGAUUUCUUUCAUUCCAAAGUAGAAAACAUGACCGAGGUGGGAGUGGCAUUUCUCUCUGGCAUCCUUGGAGUGGUAUUCCAUAAAAUGGCUUCUCCAAGAGUCGUUGAUUUCAUCUGCAGACGAAAAUCAACCGACGCACUCUUAAAGAAGUUGGAGAUAGCAUUGUUGCCGAUGAAUAUGGUGCUGGAAGAUGCAGAAGACAAGCAAUUUACGAAUCCUAACGUGAAAAAGUGGAUUGAUGAGUUGAAAGAUGUUGCCUAUGAUGCAGAAGACAUAUUGGAUGAGAUUGCUACUGAAGCCCUCCGAUGCGAGUUGGAUGCUGAAUUCCAAUCCGCUGCAGGAAAGGUAGGAAACCGCAUCUCUAGUACUUUCAUUAAUCCUUUUGUCCAUCAUAUAGAGCCAAAGAUAAAAAAGGUACUUGUUAAACUAGAAGAUUUGGCAAAACAAAAGGUUGAUAUGGGUCUACAAGUGGGAGUUGGAGGAAAACAAAAUCCAGAAAGGUUGUCCACUUCUUAUGUCCUAGAGUCUGACACUUUUGGUAGGGAUGAUGACAAGAAAAAAGUAAUUGACUUAUUGCUCCCUUCUCAUGGGGGAGGCAAUGAAAUGUGUUUGAUUGCCAUUUUUGGCAUGGGGGGAAUCGGCAAGACCACCCUUGCUCAACUGGUAUACAAUGAUGAUAGGGUGAAACAAUAUUUCGACCUUAAAAUAUGGUUUUGUACUUCAGAAGAAUUUGAUGUGCCCAAGGUAAAGAAAUCAAUUAUAGAGCAAGCAAAUUUGUCAGCUUGUUAUACUAAAGAUCCAGAGCAGCUUCAAGAUACACUAAAGAAGAAUUUGAUUGGGAGGAAAUUUCUCCUUGUUUUGGAUGAUGUUUGGAGUGAGAAACCCAUUCAUCGGGAGUUCCUAGGCCAACUCUUGCAAUAUGGGUUUCAAGGAAGUAAGAUCCUUGUCACCACAAGGAAUGAAAGUGUUGCAUUGGCCAUGCACGCUAUUGCAACCCAUCAUCUAAUGGAAUUAUCAAAUGCUGAUUGCUGGUCAAUUUUUGAAAAACAUGCAUUUCGUGAUGGUAGUGCCAACGCAGAUCCAAAGAUAAAAGAAAUAGGGACACAAAUUGUGAAAAAGUGCAAAGGUCUACCUUUAGCAAUCAAAGCCAUUGGUGAUCUGUUGUGGUCUGAAUUAGAUGUUGAGAAAUGGACAAAAAUAUUGAAGAGCGAUUUAUGGGAUCUUUCACUGGAGGAGACAACCAUCCUUCCAGCUUUGAGAUUAAGUUAUAAGUAUCUCCCUUCAUAUUUAAAACGAUGCUUUGCUUAUUGUUCAAUAUUUCCAAAAGAUCAUAUUUUUAAGAAAGAUGAAUUAGUUUUAUUAUGGAUGGCGGAAGGUUUCUUGCAUGAAUCCAAAACAGAAAAAAUGGAAGAAGUUGGUAAUCGUUACUUCGACACUCUUGUAUCAAGAUCAUUAUUUCAACAAUCAAGUGAAAAUAACUUAGGUUUUGUAAUGCACGAUCUUGUGAAUGAUUUGGCAAAAUAUGUAUCCGGUCAAUUUGGCUUUACGUUGGAGGGUGAUAGUUCAAAAGAAAUUAUGAAGAUGACUCGAUAUUUAUCAUAUUUCGGUGGAAGUUUGGAUAACUUUGACAAGAUUGAAGAGGAUCUUUACAAGGCCAAGCAUUUGCGCACUUUCCUGAAAUUAGGAUCCAGUUGGGGUACUGAAAUCAAAAUGCCAAGGGCAUGGUGCUUAAGAGUUCUCUCUCUCGACGGUAUGAAGAUAAUUAAGUUGUCUGAUUCAAUUAGCAAGAUGAAACAUCUACGUUAUUUGGAUUUUUCUUCCACAAAAAUUAAAUGCUUGCCAAAUUCCGUGUGUAAUUUGUGCAAUUUGCAAACGUUGAAGUUAUCAAAUUGUCGGUGUUUGGAUAGAUUGCCAAGAGAUAUGAGGAAACUCAAAAAUUUACGUCAUCUUGAAAUUGAUAAUACUCAAGCUCUAAAGAAGAUGCCGACACAAAUGGGUAAACUGAAAUAUCUUCAGACGUUGACCAAAUUCAUCAUCAGCAAACACAAUGGGUCUUGCAUUGGAGAAUUGGGAAAACUAAUAAAUCUACGGGGAAAGCUUUCAAUUUGGGAGCUCCAAAAUGUUAGAUCAGCCGAGGAUGCUUUGGAUGCAGGCUUGAAGGAUAAGGAUUACCUCGAGGAGUUGGUGUUACAAUGGAAUCCCACAAACAAAUUUGGUAUUUGUGAAAGCCAAAGAGGUGUACUUGAAAAUCUGCAGCCCCAUGAAAACUUGAAAAGUCUCACCAUUAACUACUACUGCGGGAAAGGUUUUCCAGACUGGAUAGCAAAGCUUCAUUCAUUGUCUAAUAUAUCACAUAUGGAAUUAAGAAAUUGCAACUAUUGUGGUUCCUUGCCACCACUUGGGCAGCUACAUUUUCUUAAUGAACUCUACAUUGAUGGGUUCGAUGGAGUUGUCACUGUGGAUACGGAGUUUUAUGGAAAUAGUUCUUUAAUGAAGCCAUUUGGAAGAUUGAAGAUUCUAGCGCUGGAGAAUAUGUCCAAUUGGGAAAGCUGGUUUCAUUUGAGCACCAAAAAUGAAAUUGAAACUUUUUAUCCACUUGAAAAGUUGUAUAUUAAGAACUGCCCCAAGCUCAGAGGACGGUUGCCUGUACAUCUUCCUUCGUUAGCCGAACUUGAUGUUAUAGAUUGUCAACAUCUCGAGGGUUCGCUCCUCAUAGACUCUUUCCCAGUACUUACCCGUAUAAGAAUAAACGGGAAUGAUAAUUUGGAAUCUCUGGUAAGUCUAGAACAACAUGAACAUGAUGCAAUAAAGGGCUUCAAUAGUUGUCUUCAACGACUACAAAUUGGCAAGUGUUUCUCGCUUGCGUCCCUUCCUAGGGAUGGUUUACUCUCAAAAUUGAAAUCACUUCGCAUUAAUGAUUGUAUGAAGUUGGAGUUCCCCAUGCACUCGCCUUAUUCAUCCCUUCGAUUAUUGUGCUUGAUGGAUUGUUGUGAUUCCUUGAUGUCCUUUCCCUUAGGCCUAUUCCCAAAUCUAGACAAUAUUCUAAUCAAGGGAUGCAGGAAUUUGCAAUCUCUAGAACAACAUGAAGGUUAUUCAGUGAUAUCAUAUAUAAAAAUACGGGAAUGUCCUAGUUUUGUAUCUUUUCCGAAAGGAGGAUUGCGUGCCCCUAAGCUUGAAACUUUUUCUCUUGAAAAUUGUGAGAGCCUAAGGUCAAUGCCUGAUAAGAUGGACCAAUUCCUUCCAUCUCUUUCUAUUAUGGAGAUAAAAGAUUGUCCCAAAAUUGAGUUGUUUCCUGAAGGGGGGUUGCCUUCCGCUCUCGUGAAAAUUGACAUUCGCAGCUGUAAGAGACUCAUUGCAAACUGGAUGGUAUGGGGUUUGCAAAUCCUCCCCACUCUUUUUUGGUUGCAAAUUAGUGGCAGGGAAUCAGAAGAUGUGGAGUCCUUUCCUGGGAAGUUGUUGCUUCCCACCACUCUGACCAGUCUUCAAAUCAAUUCAUUUAAAAAUUUGAAAUCUUUGGAGAAGGAGGGGUUUCAAAACCUCCCCUCCCUUGUGCAAUUGCUGAUCAAUGACUGUCCCAAGCUCAAGUACAUGCCAGAAGAGGGAUUCCUAACCUCUCUUCGUUUUCUACGUAUAAGGAAGUGUCCUAUGUUGGAGAAAGAAUUGGAAAGGAAAAAAGGAAAAGAAUGGCUCAAGGUGGCUCACGUCCCUAACAUAUGGUCUGAUAACCGAAGAAUUCAAGGAGAUGAAAGGGCAGUUCCUGAAAUGUCGAGGAUCGAUUUUAACAAGGUCCUUCGCCGCAACCUUAUUGAGGAAAAGAUGGGUCAAAAGGCCGAAAGUUCAAAUUCUGGAAUGGACUCUGCCGAUCAUUGGGACAGUCAACCUUCAACGUUUACGACAACAGUUUCAAAAAUAUGGGGGUGUUGUGUUGUCGAGGUGGUUGAGUGUUACAAUUCUCAUGUAGUUGAUUCCAUUUCCAGUAAAGUUGUUCAUUCAGUUGUCUAUUUUUCUGGGUUUAUUUGUGCACAACUUUGUUACUGAAGAGAGUUAUUAGGUUAGUCAAUUAGAAAAAACUUAACGGAUGCAUGUUGGAUCUUGUCCACCUUUCCCCAACAUUUGCAACUUCUAGCAUCUUGUUACACUAAAGGGAAUGAUCAAGGUGACAAGAAGAAACAAAACUGAAGCAUGCUUGGUUUUGAUUUUUCAUAUUGGAGUUGCAGGUACGACUGUACAACCAGAAGAACGAAUGAACAUGAAAGAUGUUUUAGUUGAGCUUAAUUUAAUCAGAAAACUUUCUUCCCUUGGCAUGAGUUUAUUUGGAACUCCAUUCUGCCCACGAAAGCUAGUCAUGUCUUUAUCUACAAGUUGUGGCAUAAUGGGAUCCCUUGGAUUCUAACAUUUAAAGGUGUGGAGUUCAAAAGGCCACUAAAUGCAGCAAAUGUGUUGUUGGGGAUAUUGAAUCUAAUGCUCUAUCUCUUAUAACCAUGUUCUGUUUCAAGAGCUAUUUGGUAGGGGUGAAAACUGACCUCAUCGGCGUGGUUUUUGGAUAAAACUGACCGUAACCGGUCAAUGGGGAGGAGGAAAAUCAUCCGUAUCUACUCCGGCGGUUCACAAUCGGUUCUUGAUUCUCCUAGCAGCGCUGGUUCUAUGAGAAAGUAGAGAGAGAGUUACAGAGGAGAGAAAGAGAGAGAGGAUGUGAAACUCAGAAACGGACAUGAAUCGGGGAAGAAGAAGAAGGAAGAAGAAGAUCAAAACAAUGCCGUUUGGUUCUAAAUCCAACAGCGUCUUUCUACUUAUUUUUCUUUUUUUGUUUCUCAUAGAUAAAAACUUAAGUUUAAGUGGAACGGCGUCGUUUUAUAUAGAUAUAAAUUAAAAAAAAUAUAUAUGUAUGUCGGUCGGUUCAGCGGUUUGAGCCGGCCUCAAACCGCAACUGAAUUGACGGACGUCGGUUUUGUUAAUUUUUUGCCGCCCCUCGACCAGUUCCUUGGCAGUUUCGAACUCCGGUGGCCGGUCUGUGUCGAUCACGACCGGUUUGUUAGUUUCUUGUACACCUCUACUAUUUGGCAUCAUUUUUCAUUUCUCUUCGAUGUAGAAUCACUGACUUCAUGGUGGACUACUUUCUUCUUUGGUUCAAACCAACUUCAUCUCAUUGCACAACUGAGUCCUACUUUAAUUCUCUGGGAGCUCUGGCUAACAUGUAAUGUUGCUAGAUUUAACAAUUCAUUAAAACCUACUGUACAUUAUACUUUGUUGGAAACUUACCUUGUGGUUGUUGGAAUUAAAUCCUUUAGUGAUGCCUCUUUUUACUUUACAGAGAAAAGAUAAAGACAUUAUUGAAGCCUUGCAAUUGAACUUAGUACUUGGUUAAAGUGAGAAACCUUUGUUGGUCUAAUGGUUGUUACCUCAUUGGAAGUUGAGUAUAAAUAUUAAUGGGGUGUCAAAAGGAAAUCCCGGAGGCAACAGGUAUUGGAGGGGGCUCUUAGAUCUUAUGAGAGUCGCGUACUUUAUUGAUUUUCAUGCUAUUUGAAUCAGGGGAUUAAUGUGCUAAACUUUCAGCCUUAACAAAGGUCUACCUUUAGCAAUCAAAGCCAUUGGCAAUCUGUUGUGGUCUGAAUUAGAUGUUGAGAGAUGGAUAAAAAUAUUGAAGAGCAAUUUAUGGGAUCCUUCACUGGAGGAGACAAACAUCCUCCCGACUUUGAGAUUAAGUUAUAAGUAUCUCCCUUCAUAUUUAAAACGAUGCUUUGCUUAUUGUUCGAUAUUUCCAAAAGAUCAUAUUUUUAAGAAAGAUGAAUUAGUUUUAUUAUGGAUGGCGGAAGGUUUCUUGCAUGAAUCCAAAACAAAAAAAAUGGAAGAAGUUGAUAAUCGUUUCUUCGAUACUCUUGUAUCAAGAUCAUUAUUUCAACAAUCAAGUGAAACUAACUUAGGUUUUGCAAUGCAUGAUCUUGUGAAUGAUUUGGUAAAUUUCGUGUCCGGUAAAUUUGGCUAUAUGUUGGUGGAUGAUAGUUCAAAAGAAAUUGUGAAGAUGACUUGGUAUUUAUCAUAUUGCGUUGGAAGUUCGAAUUACUUUAAGAAGAUUGAAGAGGAUCUUUGCAAGGCCAAGCAUUUGCGUACUUUCCUCAUGAAAAUAGGAUAUUUCAACUAUA